AAACCCAAAACCCCUCCGGGAUAACAAUACAUACAAAAAUCUAUAUAUCUACACAUCUUCUUCAUUCUAAUAUCUUUCAUAAGAAUCAACAACAGAUAUGAGUAGCUGGCGGUCUUUCAUUCUAAGAAUCGGCGAGAAAUCAUCUGAAUAUGGCGGAACUAUUGAUUUCAAAGAUCACAUUGAUGCUUGCUUUGGCGCUGUUCGGCGUGAAUUAGAACAGUCUCAAGAUGAAAUCAUAACUUUUCUUCUAGAGUGUGCAGAGCAAUUGCCUCACAAGGUUCCGCUGUAUGGGACUUUGAUUGGGUUAUUGAACUUGGACAAUGAGGAUUUUGUCAAGAAAAUAUUGGAGAGGACUCAAAAGAAUUUGCAGGAUGCGCUUGACUCUGAAGAUUGCAACAAGAUUCGUGUAUCGUUGCGAUUCCUAACUGCUUUGAUGUGUAGCAAAGUCAUCCAACCAAGUUCACUAGUGGUGGUUUUUGAAACAUUAUUAUCGUCUGCUGCAACUAUUGUGGACGAUGAGAAGGGGAACCCUGCCUGGCAAGCCCGUGCCGAUUUCUACAUAACUUGUAUUCUUUCCUGCCUUCCGUGGGGUGGAUCUGAACUUGGCGAGCAAAUUCCUGAAGAGAUUGAAAGAGUUAUGGUGGGGAUAGAAGCUUAUUUAAGUAUCAGACGACAUGUUUCUGAUGUGGGUCUAUCUGUGUUUGAGGAUAUGAACAAAAGUGACAAACUUCACGUUGAAAAGGAUUUUGUGGAAGACUUGUGGGGUCGAAUUCAAGAUCUAUCCAAGAACAGCUGGAAACUUGAGAGUGUUCCGAGGCCACAUCUAUUGUAUGAAGCACAAUUAGUUGCUGGGAAGUCUCAUGAUUUUGGACCCAUAAGCUGCCCCGAGCAUCCAGAUGCACCUGAAGAACUUUCUGAAAUCAGUUUUGGUAGACAAAAACAUGAAGCAGAGUUGAAAUAUCCUCAGAGGAUUCGUAGGCUUAAUAUAUUUUCUGCUAGCAAAACUGAGGUAGCUAAACUUGAUAUACGUAGGCUUAAUAUAUAUGCACAAUCAUCUGUUCUCUUUUCUAUUGCUAUGUUGAUUCUCUUCAUAACCUUUUGGCGGCAGGAUCUACAACCUAUAGACCGAUUUGUUGUUGAAGAGUAUUUAUUGGAUGUGCUCUUCUAUUUAAAUGGAUGUCGAAAGGAAUGUGCCGCAUGCAUGGUUGGUCUCCCCGUUCCUUUCAGAUACGAGUAUCUCAUGGCCGAGACAAUUUUUUCUCAGUUGCUUUUAUUGCCCCAGCCACCAUUCAAGCCCAUAUAUUACACGCUCGUCAUAAUAGACCUUUGCAAGUCCCUUCCAGGUGCCUUCCCUGCAGUUGUAGCAGGGGCUGUCCGUGCUCUUUUUGAUAGAAUUAGUGAGUUAGAUAUGGAAUGUAGGACUCGCCUUAUUCUUUGGUUCUCACACCAUUUAUCAAACUUUCAGUUUAUCUGGCCAUGGGAAGAAUGGGCUUAUGUCUUGGAGCUUCCAAAAUGGGCCCCACAACGGGUAUUUGUCCAGGAGGUCUUGGAUAGAGAAGUCCGUCUAUCUUACUGGGAUAAAGUGAAGCAGAGCAUUGAAAGCACUCCAGCUUUAGAGGAGUUGCUUCCUCCAAAAGGAGGGCCAGACUUCAGAUACGGUUCGGAAGAUGAUGAUAAAACUGAAUACGCGCUUUCAGUAGAACUUAAUGGUAUGGUGAAAGGAAGAAAAACAGCACGUGAUGUUAUUAUCUGGUUGCAAGAUAGUGUAAUACCAGUCAAUGGACUAGAUGUUGCUCUUAGAGUUGUUGUUCAUACCCUUUUGGACAUUGGAUCAAAGAGUUUUACUCAUCUGAUUACCGUGUUAGAAAGAUAUGGACAAGUUAUUGCUAAAAUUUGUCCAAGUGAAGAAACACAUAUUAUGUUAAUUGAGGAAGUCAGUUCAUUUUGGAAGAAUAGUGCUCAGACUACUGCCAUAACAAUUGAUAGAAUGAUGGGUUAUCGGCUAAUUUCCAAUUUAGCUAUUGUCAAAUGGGUCUUCUCUUCAUCAAACAUCAAAUUGUUUCACACAAGUGAUCGUUUGUGGGAGAUUCUCAGAAAUGCACUUAACAAGACAUACAACCGUAUUUCAGAUCUGAGGAAAGAGAUAAAUAACUUAAAAAAGAGUGUUAAACAAGCCGAGGAAAGUGUGGCCAGGGCCAAAUCUGAGUUGGAUGCUGCCGAAACAAAGCUUAUGCUUGUUGACGGUGAGCCUGUUGUUGGGGAGAAUCCUGCUAAGAUGAAACGCUUGAAUUUAAAUGUUGAAAAGACAAGAGAUGAGGAAGUGUCUGUCCGUGAGUCUUUAGAGUCAAAGGAAGCUCUUCUUGCACGCGCCCUUGAAGAAAAUAAGGCCUUGUUCCUCUCACUAUACAAAAAUUUCUCCAGUGUUUUGAUGGAACGCCUCCAUGAGACAUUCGGAGAGAGAGGCUUGGAGUCGACUGCUGAUUUAGAAGCAAUGGCAGUGGAUGAAGAAGAUACACCUGCAAUGGAUAUGGAUAAAGAAAAUGGUAGUUCCAAAAGUGGAUAUGCCAUCGGAGAGAAAGAACAAUGGUGUUUGUCAACUUUGGCAUAUCUCAAGGCUUUUUCAAGACAGUAUGCUUCUGAGAUAUGGCCACACAUGGAUUUGUUAGAAGUGGAAGUGUUAACAGAAAGUGUUCAUCCUCUAUUCAGAAAAGCUGUUUAUUCUGGUUUGCGUCUGCAGCUCACCGAUCAAUGAUUCUGACUAUUUUCUAAAUUUUUGGUCGAUACAUAAGUUAAAUGUUGGAGAAGAGUUGCAAGUUCAGCAGUCUAGGUUGGUUGUACCAUAUUUGAUUGUAAUGUACUAGUUAUAUAACAUGUUGGAUAGUUGCUGCAACAACCAUGUGGGUAGAGCAGAGUAGCAAGUGGAAAUGUCCAUUUUCUAUAAACCAGGUCAGUGUUUUUUAUGUUAUGGUAGAUGAUUUAAUUUCUGACUUUAUAAGUACAUUUUGAUAUUAGAAACAUCAACCACUUACAACCUACUUGAACAA